AAAAGUGAGAGGUGGCGAGAAGAAACAGAAUGGAACAUCUCUCCACCUGACUCACUAUAUAAAUGUUAACAUGAGCUUAAUCAAAUUCCAGAAAACAAAACAUAGUUGAAUAAUAAAUAGUAAUAUUAGUAGUAAAUAGAUUUUCAAAAAAUAAGAAUGGGUGCAUAUUUUGGAGUUUCUACCAUUUUUGUUUUCUGUUUGUUGGGAUUCUCAGCCAAUGCUGAGGUAUUCACCAUUGGUUCUUCUUCAGGUUCUGAUAUUACCCAGGCACUUCUGAAAGCGUUCACAUCGGCAUGCCAAUCUGCGUCCCCGAGCCAAGUGGUGAUCCCGAAAGGAGAGUUCAAGCUUGGUGAGAUCGAGAUGAGGGGUCCAUGCAAAGCUCCAGUCGAGAUCACCCUUCAAGGCACUGUCAAAGCUGACGGUGGCUCUAUCAAUGGAAAGGAAAAAUGGGUCGUCUUCGGAAACCUUAACGGUUUCAAGUUGAACGGCGGUGGAGUCUUCGACGGUGAAGGAAACGCAGCCUGGACGGUCAAUAACUGCCACAAGACCUUCAACUGCAAGAAACUUCCCAUCAGUAUAAGGUUUGAUUUCGUGGAGAACGCUGAGAUUAGAGACAUAUCCUCGAUAGAUGCAAAGAACUUCCACAUAAACGUGCUCGGAGCCAAGAACAUGACCAUGGAUAACAUCAAGAUCACCGCUCCAGAAGACAGCCCCAACACUGACGGUAUCCAUUUGGGAAGAAGUGACGGAGUCAAGAUCCUUAACACCUUCAUCUCCACGGGAGACGACUGCAUCUCCGUUGGGGAUGGAACGAAGAACCUUCACGUGGAGAAAGUCACGUGCGGUCCGGGACACGGAAUCAGUGUAGGAAGCCUUGGAAGGUAUGGAAACGAGCAAGAUGUCAGCGGCAUCAGAGUCGUGAACUGCACUCUCCAACAGACUGACAACGGACUGAGAAUCAAGACAUGGCCGUCUGCAGCUUGCUCCACCACCGCCUCCGACAUUCAUUUUGAGGAUAUCAUUGUCAAGGACGUUAGCAACCCAAUCCUCAUCGACCAAGAGUACUGCCCUUGGAACCAAUGCAACAAGCAGAAAGCAUCAACGAUUAAGCUGGUGAACAUAAGCUUCAAGAGAGUCAGAGGAACAUCAGGGAACAAGGAUGCAGUGAAGCUAUUGUGCAGCAAGGGAUAUCCGUGCCAGAACGUGGAGAUUGGAGACAUAGAUAUUAAGUACAGUGGAGCUGAUGGUCCAGCCACUUUCCAGUGCUCAAACGUAAGCCCCACACUCUCGGGAGCUCAGAGCCCUAAAGCUUGCAGCGGUCCCGUGACCACUACGCCCCAAUAAAGUAGAAGCUCAAAAAUAUUAAACUAAAACAGCCAUUCAAUAUUAUUUGUUUUCUAUAUAUGUACACGACUUCAUUAUGGUCUAUGAUGUAUGAUAUCUAAUUCCACAAUGAAUGCAUAAUUAUGCCUUUUUUGACAAAAAUAAAAUAAGAUUAUAUCCCCUUCAUUUGCUUCGGUUCAAGUCUGAGUUCUACGGUACCGAAAGAAAUCUUGUAUACUUAACUUAAUCAAUUAAUCAAGUAAAACAAAAAAAAUAAGGUCACGAAAUUAAU